AUGUCAUCUCUGACGUUAUCCCUGGCGCCGCCAGCCUUGGUGCGGCUGCACGACGUGCUGAUAUGCCUGUCCAAGUUCAGCGACACCGUCGCCAUUGAGGCCGAGCAUGAUCUGCUUCGACUCAGUGCCCUCAACUCGACCAAGACGGCGUUCGCCUCCUUUGUCUGUGAGAGAGAGCCGUUUUUCGAGGCGUACUCGUUCAAUGUCCGCAGAGACAUUCGGUCUUCGAGCAGCAGUACUGCAGGAGACCGGUUCUAUUGCCAAAUUCUUCUCAAGGCGCUUCUGUCGGUCUUCCGAGGAAGAGUUGACCGAAACAAGGACACGGCCGUGGAGCGCUGCGACAUGGAACUCCACGAAGAUCCGCAGGAAACGGAGUGCCGGCUAACUGUCAAAAUGAUCUGUGGGCUUGGUGUAAUCAAAUCCUAUAAGCUCACCUACGAACCGGCGUCAAUCCAGCAUGCCGUAUUCGACAGGAGUAGGGCAACGAACCAAUGGAUUGCGGAUCCACGCUUUCUGAGACAGAUCAUUGACCAUUUUAGCUUAUCAGCCGAGCAACUGGAUAUGUACUCCGACUCUGGCAAGGCAGUGUUUACGAGCUUUACGACAAAGAUUAUGGAAGGAAAAGAGGUCCUUAAAUACCCUGUGCACACCUCCGUGGCCGCGGACAAACGAGACUUCGAAGAGAUUCUCAUCGAAGACAACAUGCACAUCGCAAUCAACUUGAAGGAUUUCAAAGCCGUCGUAGCGCACGCGGAGACGGCCAACGCCACAGUCACAGCGCGCUAUACACAGCCCUGCAAGCCUCUGCAGCUGGCAUACGACUUCGAAGGCGUCAAUGCCGAGUUCACUAUCAUGACAAGGGGCGAGGUAGAAGGCGAGACGGCACCAGCUUCAUCUCGAGUCGGAAUGCCGCAGCUCUCGCAGCGGCAGACGCCUGCGCCCAUCUCUGUGAGUAGAAUAAAUACUCCUCGCGGCGUGACGCCCAGUACGCAGAUGCCGCCGCCCCCGCCGCGGAGUCGACCUAUUCGUCCGCUGAAUGGGUCCUCCACACAGGAGCACCUUGCUCCCACUGCAGCGUCAGAUCGGCCUUCUGCAUCGUCGGUGUCCAUGGACUAUGAUAGUCUGUUUGUGCCGGCCGAUGAUGAUCGGCAGUGGGAUGAAAUGGAGGAGCAGGAGGAGCCGCAAGAUAUUCUUGGAUGGGAUGCGUCGGGCAGACAGGUUUGUGACUCGUCUGGAUCUGUCCAAAGGUUGGCGGCUGAUAAAAUCCAGGAUAAUUCCGAGCCGACUCUCCAAGAAGCGGAGCCUGAUUUCCCCAAGAUGGCUGAUAUGCGUCGUCGACCUCCCAAAGAUGAAAUGGGCGUUCCGCCGACACAGCGCAUGUCACAGGUUCGUGGGCUUGGUCUCUUCGAUUGA